GUGGUAUCGUCCACCAUUCUCUGCAGUCUGCAGUGGAUAUGGCGUCACUGAAAAGUGUAGGAGUCGAGAAACUUCACCCAUGUAAAUAACGUCGCUGAUGCGGAUUAGCAGAGUGUACAUAGAAGUACAUAGUACAUAGCUUAAAUAUAUUUAACAGCUUAUUUUUAAGUAUGCCUAGGAAAAAGCCAUUUAGCAACAAACAGAAGAAGAAACAGCUACAAGUCAAACGGGAGAGAAAGAGAGGUAACUACAGAUGCCAUUAACGUUACCAUGUUAGCGUUAGCAGUUAGCUAACGGUUUGAGCUGCACAGCUAAUUUCAACGUUAGUUAAACGGCUAACUGUUUUGGUUUACUACAGUGUUUUAUCACGCACUGUUAACAAACAGAGCAUCGGAACUUACAGUUCUUAUUAAAACAACUCCAAUGUUUUCUGUCAGCUAGCUGUAAUAACUAGCAGUGUAAUAUAAAUUGACUUCGAACUUGAUAUCCCAGGUGUACGCACUGCAAAGUUACCAAACCUUUAAAGGCAUAACAGAGGCUUUUAGAUUCGCACAUUAAGGUUGUGUGCGGACGAUGUAAGACAAUAGGGAUGUGUAAUAUCACCUUGAAAUGAAUUUGAAAUCAUCGCUUCUCGGUGUAAGAUUGUUUAUGUUUGGCCGCACAUAUCCACUAGCCAGCAAAGGACUCAGCCAUUUAACAUCACUGUGGUUAUUUAUUUCCAUUUAUUUGUGCAACAAAGAGUCAUUUUUAUUCUUCAACCUACUUUAACUCCAUCUCCACACUUUAAAACAGAGAAGCACAUUCACCCCUGUGAUGUUUUGCUGACUGAAAAAGUCAGAUCUUGAUUUGUUUGCCAAAUUGUCUCAGUGUCAAAAUCUAGCCUUUUACUGGCUUAUGUUAGGGAUGUUUUAACCAGUUUGACCUUAAGAGUCCAUACAUUUGUGAAAGCGAAUGUUAUGAAGAAAGGUUAUGUAAUGUUGUACAUCGCAUGAUGUAACCAAAACAUGUUUAACACUAUGUGUAGUUGAUUUUAUCAGCAUGUCUUGAUUAAAGCAGGUGUCCACCCCACGAGGUAACAUGAAGCGAACUAUCAUAAAUACCAUGAAUAACAAUAUCAUGAAGAAAAAUACCUUGCUAUGCAUUUAAAGCAUGUUGUCAAGGCAUCUAAUACAAACUAAACAAGGUAAAACAGUUUGUGAUUUUGAUGUAAGGUGCACAAUGAAGACUAAACAUUUUAUUUAAAUGAUCUUAUUUAUAAUACAAUAAGAUCAAACCUCUGCCUGUGUUUGUGUUUGUUUAACUGUAUUUGACUGUAAAUCCCGACAUUUACUCUGGGCUUCCAGGUGAUACAGGUUCUGGGCCAAGCAGCCGCAAUGCCAGUGUGGAGCGAGGUGGAGAGCGGCAGUCUGACACCUCUGACAGUGAGACCACUGAUAUUAGGAGAAUAAAUCAGCAGCCUUUAAGCAGAGAAGGUAGAUAUGACCCCAACAGGUGAGUUUUAAAUAUGAAUAACAUUUACUUUAUUUCAGUUUUGUUUAAAAGUAUCUGUUUAAAAUAGAAUAAAGCUGUUGAUAUUCAUUUUAGUUAAAAACCUCCUUUAUCUUGCGUGAUGUCAUCUUAAAACAAGAAACAGUUAAUUGCUUUGAAAGUCUUAAUUUAUUUAAAUAAAGCAGUCGAGUGUUGGACAAAUGAUUACAAAGCUAUACUGACAACCCUGCUUGAACUGCUCUUUUAGGUUCCGACUGCACUUUGAGAAGGAAAGUAAAGAAGAAGUGGAAAAGAGGAAGAAGUCGGCGAGGGAAAAGGUGUUACAGCCUGUCUCGGACAAAGAACUUGAGACAAACAUCCAUGACAUUUAUCCAUCAGAGAAAGGUCUGCCUGUUUUUUAAUGCUCUCCACAUGACAGUCUCAAAAUAAGACAAACUGAUGAACAGAGUGGGUCAAUGGAGUGGCUCAGUGCCUGACAAACUGUAAUUUGAUUAUUCACCGCCAGGUCUUGGUUUCCCACGACGACCGUCCUGGAAUUAUGAGAUGACACGAGAGAGCCUGCUGAGGAAAGAGGAGAAGUCGUACAGAGAUUACCUGGAUGACCUGCACUCUAGAAACCCACUCGGCACUCUCAGCCACUUUGAGCACAAUCUGGAGGUAGGUUACUUAAGUGAAAAACACUUAGAGGCAUUUAAGCUUCGACUUGCAGAACUUGACCAUAAAUGUAUUUUCUGAUCAACAACUAUUUUCAUAAGUAGCUACUCUGUAUUCAUCAGAAGACUUUACUGCCUGGAGGGGGUGUACAGAUGCAGUGUGGUUUGUGUUAUGUAUAUUUCAGUAGUUCAGUGGAAUGCAACAGAUCUCAAAUCAUAGAUCAAGGGGCUCAGUCUGGUUCAUUUUUUUGGAUCAGCCAUCAAACAAAAAGAUAUUUCUGAAGUAAACUGUCUCCUUUACUCCUCACUCAGUCAUAGCAGAAACAGUGCAGUUCAUGGCACAACAAAUCACAGUUCAUCUUCAUGCAUCUAAAUUACUGGGACUUUCCACCAACAUUACUCAACAAAAGCCCUAUUCAACAGAUUAAGUGUGAUUUUAUGUCUAUUUCAGUAUUAUUUAUUUCUUCAAAAACUUACACUGAACAGAACAAGUAAAUCACUUGACUCAAAUCAGAUCAGCUUCUGUUCGUUCUCUGAUGUGAUAUUUAUGUGUCACUGAUCCAGCUGUGUGCACUCAUGCUGUACUCACAUUUCUGUUUUGUGAAUGAAAAACCCUUGUUUACUCGCUCUGAUGGGGUUUUGAUACUUCAACAGAGCUCAAUUAUGCUCCUCGCUCUCAUUGCUACAGCAGUGUUUGCAUAAAUGGAGGGAGAAGUUUUAUCUCUGAUCAUGUAUUUGGAGAGCGAGGGACCAGCACAGUGCGAUCUAUGUUUGUAUCAGCAAAUAGCUUUGGAUGCUCAAGGCGUCAUGCUGCUGUCACUGGUGUUUUCUGAAGGGGUCUGUGACGAUGACCACGUUUUUUUACAGCCUAAAUCUGCAAAAAACACUAGAACCCCUCUCCUGCCUUCUCUCAAAGCAGAGGUGAAUGCUAAAGAGAAACAUGAGAAGAGGGUUGUGACCUGUUAUUGUGAUGAUAAAUUUAAAGAGUCACCAUGAUGAUACAUUUUUAUGUCAGCUAGACUUUGCCUUCACUUAUGUAACUCAUAGCGGGGGAUAUCUUUGUAGGCUAUGCUCUCACGACUCAAAUUCUUUGUUUGGAUUAUGCGAGGGGGACAGCUAUAUAGGGGAGUCAAGAUGAGGAUUUCUUAGUAAUGAUGACUGUCUCUGGGUUAAUGUCUUUUCAAAAUGCAUAAGAACUUUCCACAGUACAAACACAAUAGUGGAAAACAUAAUCCCAAUAACUGAGUGAGCAAAGAAGGGUAUGAAGUAGCAAAAUGAAGGACCAUCAACACCCUGCCAGCUUGUUUGAGUGAAAUCUGCUGCAUUUACAGACCAGUUCACCCAAAUUCACCCUGACCUUUUACUUGCGGAGAGGGCAGCAUUUUACUUUAUACCAACGACCCCACAUGGACAAUAUCAGAAAUGUUUAAAGUGCACAUAACUUCACAUAGUUUGCUGGCCUUUAUCCUGGUAACAAAUGCAGUAAUUCAAAAUUCACACAGUAAGUAAUUCAGUACAGGUCAGAUCUCAUGAGUUUACCUGUAAACUCAGAUCGAUCUAUUGAUUAACCUUUUCUGAAGUACACGCUUGCUUUUAACUCCUUUUUCCCUCAGUCUAAUUAUCGCUGUCGGUUUAGACUCAGAUUUUUUUUUUACAUGAAGCGGGUUUGAAGAGCUCUGAGUGCAGCACAUUUUCUAUGCAAAUGAGCUCUUUCUGAAUCCUAUUAAACCUGUUUGGCAGCAGACAGUGCAUGAAGCAAUCAUGCUUGUUAAUGUGUAUUCUCUGUCUGUAUCUGUGAUUACCCUGAAGUCUUUCUGUCCUGGGUGUAUUUUCAGGAUGUAACAUGACAUUGAUAUUGAAUUGUGAUAAAGUAAGAUCAAUUUAAUGCCCGUCUUAAAUAUGUCUGUUGUCCUAAGGGGAACCAUCAUAUCUGACAUGCUGGGAUGUUUGUUAGGUUUGCUGAAGCUGUGAAAGUGAUAACACUUUUUUUUAUUUUGUCAAAUUAAAAAACCUGAAGAUAAUUUCAUUUCAAAGCGUGGGCUGAUCUUAAGAGGCAGUUCUCAGGCAGCUGUUGGAGUGAUAAGUGACUCUUAGAAUUCAGGAGAUGAUGUCUUUUUGAGUGCAGUCGAGGAUCAGAGUGUCAGAAAAGUUGCAGGUAUGAAAAGCUGCUUCUCUAAACAGGUUGGACUGUUGUUACCUCCGCAGAGGAGGGUAUGUAUUUGGUAGCGUUGGUUUGUUUGUUUGUUUGUCUGUGAACAACUUUACGGAGAAAGUAACAGACGGAGUUACCUGAAAUUUUCACCAGAGGUGCGUCUCAGCCCCAGGAGGAUUCCCUUACAUUUUGGUGGUGAUCCGGAUCGCCUUCUGGAUCCAGGAAUUUUUUAAACGAUUCUUUAUCAUUGUGAGAUAGGGCAAAUUUUGGAUUUUUUGCAUUUAACUCUAUAAAAAUGUCCAGAGUCUUUAGUAAAAAAUUACACAAAAGGAUCUCAAUGAGUUUUAUGAGGUGUCAAAGGUUGAUCCUGAUCCAGACAAAAUUCCGGAUUCUGUGAUCCAGAACACACAAAAAUGAAUAGAUCAUACAUUUAUGUAUCUAAUAUGAGCUUUGUUGUUUUAGGAACAUUAUGAACAGUGAACAUACCAGUUUAAACACAAAUAAAAGUUAAUAAAAGACACGUAACAGUAAAAGUUUUGGUGUGAAUCACAAUAUAAGGGGGGACAUGAGCUGCUGGGCGGAGGUCUGCGCUCUCCGAGUGUUUUUUCUAGUUUGUAUUAGGAGUGUUCAGGUUAAACACAAAAGUCCUGAAGAAAAUCAUUGCUUUCCCAAACACAUUUGUUUUUUGAUUAACUCUGCUACCUUUUAACACUUCCAGCGGAGAAUAUAAUGAAGCAGUGCAUUCAUAGGGGCUUUGCUUUGCUUUGUUAACAGAACUGCAUCACUGCCCCUCUUUUUUCUCUCUUAGACAUGGAGGCAGCUGUGGAGAGUGCUGGAAAUGUCAGAUGUCAUCCUCCUUAUUGUGGACAUCAGGCACCCGGUAAGUGAUCUUAUGAGCAAAGCCUCAAGGACAAAUUAGACCACAAGAUGGAGACAGUGAGUCACCAUUAGUAUAAUCCAACCCUUAUGAUUUCUAGUUUAAUCCUUUUAUGAUUUACAUUAAAAUAUUCCUUAUUUAAUCAGUUCUACUUUCAAUCCAGUAAGCUACAAUAUACAAUCUUUGAAUUUGACUCACCUUGUGAAGAUUUUCUUGUAUUAGUAAAGAGCCAAUAGCUGCACUGCUGGCAUUGUUUCUAUUAAUAAGUCUAUGAUACAGUAGUUUUUAUCUUGAAUUUUUCAGAAUGACUAUUUUCAUGUAAACCACCCAGGUGCUGCAGUUCCCUCCUGCCCUGUACCACUACAUCACAGGAGAUCUUCAGAAGCAGGUGGUCCUGGUGAUGAACAAAGCCGACCUGUGUCCUCCUCCACUGGUGAUUGCCUGGAAACACUACAUGACCUCCCAGUUCCCCCACCUGCAAAUAGUCUGUUUUACCUCCCACCCUGGGCAGCCCUACAGCACAGGUGAGGACAGGAGGAGUAGGGGAAGGGUAGAAGGGUGGAGAGGCUGGUUGAACAGGGAGGGACUGAGAGAUACAUAACAAAAAAAAACUUCUCUGUGGAUUCAUGAGUUUAUCUGUCCUCUGGCUUGCAGUACUCCAGAAGAAGAGGAUGAGAAGGAAGGCUGACUGGAAUCACGCUGGAGGUCUUCUAGAUAUUCUAAAGGCCUGUCAGGAGAUCACAGCAGGGAGAGGUGAGUAUUUACUCCAGAAAAUACAUGCGUUUGCCCACUGUGCACACUUAAUCCCUGAUGUACUUCUGCACUGAUUCUAUAACUAUGACCUCUUAUUUUCAAAGUUGAUCUAUCGAGCUGGGAGAAGAAAAUUCAGAGAGACGCUGUUGCUGAGCGACAUGAUGGUGAGCGUCCAGAUGAAGGAGCAGAGUCAGUGCUGGUAGAGCAUCAAAGUGACAGCGCCAUGGACAUGGGCAGCCCAUCACGAGAGCUGUACAAAGACGGGGUUCUCACACUGGGCUGCAUAGGUAAAAUUAUGAGUCUGUUGAAAGAAAUUGAUGCCUUUAAUGAUGUUCGGUGACAGCUUUUCAAGAUUUUCACCAGAUACUUUUUGGAUUUUUUGGACAAGUUUAACUGGGAAGUCCAUAUGGUUUCACUGUAAUCUGGUCUAGGAAACAAAAAAAUGUUACAACUCAUCUCUAUGAAAAAUUAUCAGUGUUUUAGUUCUAUUUAAAAACUAUUGAAUGUCAAUGAUAUAGAAUAAUAAAAAACACUGAACCCGACUGCAGGAAUGGCUGACAUCAGGACUGGAUUUGGAACUUAGUCUAGAAUGCUAAACACUGAUCGUUAACCCUUGAUUUUCUUGCAGGCUUUCCAAAUGUUGGCAAGUCAUCUGUGAUAAAUAGUCUGGUGGGAAGGAAGGUGGUCAGCGUGUCUCGAACCCCAGGCCACACCAAAUACUUCCAGACUUACUACCUCACCCCAACAGUGAAACUCUGUGACUGCCCUGGACUGGUUUUCCCCUCCCGUGUCGAUAAACAGUUACAGGUACAAGCUCACUUUGCAGUGCCUGAUAGCAGAUUUGACUUGGAUUCUUCUUUCCUGCUUGGGCUCAAUAGAAAUAAAAUCGGGUUGAACAGUGCACUCGAAUAGUUUUGGGAAAGUGAAUUAUUGAUUUUUCAAUCAUCUUUCUUGUUAUCUUCAAAAGACUUGGAAUUUCAAAGAAGUUUCACGCUCAGGCUGAACCCUGCAAACUUUGGACACUAUCUUGUUUUCAAAACUGAUCUUACACUUUAUUUUGAUUUCAAAUAUUGAUUCGUUUUUUUCUUCUUCCCCGCUCUAGUCUUUUAUCUUUGCCUUUGUUUUAUUUUCUCUAGAUUCUGGCAGGCAUCUACCCGGUGUCUCAGCUGCAGGAGCCCUACAGCUCAGUUGGUUAUCUUUGUGAAAGAACCCCUUUUCUGUCCGUGCUGAAGCUCAAGCAUCCUAGUUUACUUGAAAACAAACCCCACCAAGGAAACGAGGGAUCUGAGGGGCUCAGCUGGACUGCAUGGGAUGUGUGUGAGGGUAAGCCAACACACAGAGACGCUGACUGUUUAAUUCAUAACUUUGAAGAGUUAGGUGCAACCGAGCAACCUCCAAACAACCUUUGUUUACAAAAGUUUUAACUUCACUGGUAUGCGUACAGCCUAGAGCCACGAGAUAGUGUGAUUAUUAAUGGAUGGGAUGAAGUUGUUGAUGUUUUUUUUCAGUAUCAGGUAAUAUUUGAUCUGUUUGGUCUGUCAUUUGUUUUCUUUAAGAUCAUCAUCUUGUAUACUUUUAGACUUUUCCUACAAUGAUUAUAACCAAUACAACAGUCUCUUUCUGUGUCACUAAUGCAUAAAUACUUCCUUUCUCCCUGCACCCAUUUGAAUUCUUUAGCAUGGGCGGAGAGGCGAGGCUACAAGACGGCAAAAGCAGCUCGCCACGACGUAUACCGUGCAGCUAACAGCCUCCUGCGGUUGGCCAUUGAUGGCAGAUUAUGUCUUUGCCUAAGACCACCUGGCUACAGCUGCCUGAGAGGUAAAACUUGCUCCUAUACAAUUCAUUAUACUAGAGCUGCAUGAUAUAUCGUUUGAGCAUCGCCAUCGCGAUGUACGUGUGCGCGAUAGUCACAUUGCAGAGCCUGCGAUGUAUGAGGCAAAUCAACUCAUCUAAUUUAAAGGGUAGCUGACUAAGAUACACUACCCUACCAGCCGUCAAUCAAAGGAAACCACGCCCCUGAUCAUGUCCUGCACAUGGAGUGAGUUGCUGGCGCUGCCGUUGUCUUGCCGAGAAACGUAAGCCCGCCGAGAAUUACUUUCUGAACAUUACUCAUCACUGUUUAGCCCAACAAAUAAGAAAUGUAUGGGUUUUUAAAUUGUACAUUUCCAUGGACCACUCUACUAUAAGCGGUGCGUGCAAUUCUCGGCGGGCAUGUGUUUCUUGGCACAACACUGGUAACAACAACAGCAAACGCAAAAUGAGGAACAAACGAGAGAAAACGAUUGAAAAUGAAGACUUGUUGCCAAAAAGAAAAGCAAGGUCAGUUAUCUGGAAUUAUUUCGGUUACAAGAAGGAUGAUGUCGACCAAAACAAGUGUCGGCAGUGCCUUUCAUCUGUUGCCACAAUAACACCCCAGCACAAUAAAAGCUAAAAAUAUCUCUGAGACAGACAGAAGCCAUUCUACUAACAUUCACAAAAAGAGGUAAGAUCUGUGCUGCUGGUGAAAAUUCCUGAUUUUUAAUAUCGCAAUAUAUAUCACAGGGUUGAAAAAAAUUGCAAUGUUAGUUUUUUCCAAUAUCAUGCAGCCUUACAUUAUGCCAGUUUAAAGUGCAUCUGCCAAGGUCAGACAGCAGGCAAGUAGAAUCAGUUUCUUUCUUGGAUUGUCAUGGUCCACAGAGCAUUGGGAGAAUCACCCAGACUUGCCAGAAAUAACGGCCCUCCAAGGGAGAACGACAGAGGAAGAAGGAGCCGGAGAGAGGGACGACGAUGAUGACGGGGAGUCAAGCACAGAGCCUGAGGAAGAGAGAGACCGGGAUGCUGAUGAUGACGAGGAUGGAGACGACGAAGAUGAGGGGUUUGGACAUUCAAGAGGGAAAGACGAUAAACCUUCUGGCUUCACUGUCAACAUGUAUAAUGUCCUCCGAGAAAAUGAAUGCGAGUGAUAAUGGAGGCCGAGGAUAAGGUUGUUCCUCCACCCUGAGUUUUUCCCACGUACCCCCGGUGCAUUUUUCAUUCCUUCUUCCCCAAAUCUGCAUUCCCUUUCAUUUUCCUGCAUCUCCACUUCUCAUGUCAAUAUCUCCUCUGUACACUGACAUGAUCUAAUUACUUCAUCUUGAACCCUUCUUCCUAUAAUACACAGAGCAUAUUUAUGUAUUCCAUGCUGUGCCUCUGCUCUGCUUGUUCAUCCAUGAAGCUUAUUCUUUCGUGUUUCUCUUAGGAGUAGAUUUGGUUUGAUCUUUAUUUAAACUCUCUUUUUCUUUGCAUGUGAAUCUCAAACAAGAAACGAACAAAGAAUUUUCCUUUAAACUGGAAUAAUCAUCUGAGUGGUUUUCAAUCUAUCUAUCAAAAAAGUGACUUCACAGCUGAGAUGCCAAAGUUCAGGGAGCGACGACAAACAAAUCAGAAGCGCUGUCAUAAUGAUGUCAUUGACCGGAGCCGCCACCACAGGGCUCUUAGAGCAGCUGGAGAUUUAAGACCGUGAAUUUAAAUCUUCUUUAUGGACCAGAGUUUGUCAAAACUUUGGUCAAAGGGUGUGGGGUGGGAAAUGGGAGAUAACACAUCAUAAAAAAGAAUUGCAUAAAACCAAUAUUUUCAUGCACAGUUUUACAGCUCUGUCAGAGGUUUAUUUAUCAGAACUUUGUUUUGAUUUUGAUCAAACUGUGUGUGAGAGAUAAAUAUUUAGUUAGAGUGGUUCUAAAUAGUCAGCAGAAAGUUUCAUAAAAAUAUUUUGGAUGGGUGUGGGAGUGGGUUGUGGAAUUCUGUAUUACUGGACAAGGCUGUUUCAGGACUUUAACCUGUAGUGUUUUAACUACUCAGAGAAAUAAUCCUUCAAUCUUCAUUGAGAUGUACAGUAUUAAGUGCAGGAUGUGGGCUACACUCAUUCAGCAGGUUUAUUUGCUAAGACAAGAAAAGUGAACAGGUUUGAUCCAACAGAAACUUUUAAACUCAGUGAAAGGAAUAGUACCGCACUUUGGGAAAAUUAGCUGUCAAGGGACUUUGUAUCUGAGAAGAGGAGAAGCUUAGUUUCACAAAGCACAAAGACUAGAAACAUUAGAAAACAACCAACAGGCAACAAACCUACCAGGAUCUCUUUAGAUUUCUUCUCUUUUAACCGUAUUUGUUAGUUUUUUGAACAAUCAAAACAGAAUAAACAGGAUUUGUAUUUUCAAUCUGGAUUUCUAUUCAAAUGUACCAUAUAGUGACAUCAAGACUCCGGGAAGUUAACUCCAUGGCCAAAAAACAGUCUGGGUCACCACCCUGUGGGUGAACCAACAUCUGCCAUAUGUCAUUCUACACAUUUUGAGUCUUUUUUGAUGAGUGUGGUCUUUUUCAAGUCUUUGUCCUCAGCUAAGUUAACUUGCUGUUGCUUACAGUUCCAUCUUAACAGCAAAGACGUACUUGCAGCAAAAAUCUAUCUGUUCAUCUGUUACAAAUGAGAAAGAGCGUUGAAAAUGUUGAACUAUUCCUUUAAAUACACUGAAAGAGAGACUGACCGCCAUAACUUCCAUCUGUCUAUCAUUAUAGAUAUCAUUACCCUUCAUCUACCCUCUGCUGCCAGGUUUAUAGACUACAAAUUACAGCAUAAUACUGUCAGAUAUUAACUGUCAAAGGUAGUUCAGAUAUGAAGAUCUGACUUUGUUUUUUGCUCUCUUAUUCUCUCUCUCCUCUUCUCUCCUUUUCCUACUCUCUCUUUGGCCUGUGUCAAAACUGAGUGCUGUAUUUUCGAUGUGCUGUUGUCAUACCUCAUUCAUUUAUUCAAAGAGGGAGCUCGACAGCACAGUGCUGUGUUACUGUGUAAUACAUCACACUGCGGCCACAUGCUGUCAUUUCUACCUGUAGAUCAGUUUAAAGCACUUCUUCGACAAUACCAUGCUGUUAAAAAACAACAACAAAUUUUCUGUUGUGUUGAUGUGGAUUCAUGGAAACUUCUCUGGAGAGUGUGGUGUGAAGGCUUGAGGUGUUAUCAGGCUAUUUGCUGCAUUCCUCGUUUCAUUCCUUGUCUGCCUAAGGAUGAUUGGAUGGCUCUCUGCAAUAAAGAAAAUAGUCCCUAAAA